GCUGACCUUUUUCAUGGCCAUGUGGCCCUAGCAAGAUACGUUGUACUUCCUCAGCUUUCUGCUCUCCACUGCUGUCAGUAAUAUCUUAGAAUCAGGUACUGAAUUCUUGUUAAAAGUACAUUAAGUCAACUGCAAGCCAGCGUCAUACGGGUACUUCACAAGAAGGAUGGCACCGCUGUUUGUGUUCCUUUUAGAGUUAUCGGACGAUGAUCAUAAUCUGCAUCGAAUCGAUGGGUUGAAUCUCUUAUCAAGAAUUCCGGCUCACAGUUCUUGCUUUUCGUGCUUUCGAGCUCAUUCGGAGGCUAUGAGAAGAAAUUCCUAUCCCGUUAUCCCAUAAUCUGGAGUAAUACAGUGUUCAAAAUCUUUUGUAGAGGCCAUGUGACGACAGUGCUGCAGCGACAGAGAUGCCGGAGCCAAUUUUUACAUCUUGCAGUCUCACUCGAACCGGUUGAACUGAAUUGUAAUAUGAUGUAGAAGCUGGAUAGAAUGAAACAAAUCCCGGAACAGAAAUGAACAGAGCAAAGCCUCAAUUGAUGUGUUCAUUCUGGAUCACAGUAAUGUGAAAUUCCCCGCGUCACCACAAUGUCUCGGAACCCAUUUGUUGGCAUCGUGUCCAUAGUGUAAACCUCUACCACCAUGAGCCGGAGAGGUUUAAGGUUCCGGGCUUCUGUAUGUCGUAAUUUGUCUCCUGUCUCUUCUUUCUGACGUCGGUGACACUUGUGCCACCAAUCCUUUUCAUGUGUGGUACCACAUGGCCCUGUGUCAAAUACGGGUACACAAGGGUCCAUUCUUGACCUGGUUACAAGAACAUCCAUGUCUAAGGUAGGGCUAUGACCUCCCUCGU